GUGUGCAGCGGUGUGUGUGAGAGUGUGUGUGUGCAUGUGACAUCAUGUCGGACCCCAGGGACAUCGAUGAGGACGCCAUCCUGAAGGGCCUCAGCGCCGAGGAGCUGGACCAGCUGGAAUAUGAGCUGCAGGAAAUGGACCCCGAGAAUGCCAUGCUGCCGGCCGGCAUGCGGCAGCGUGACCAGACCAAGAAGAGCCCCACCGGGCCCUACGACCGCGAGGCCUUGCAGGAGCAUCUGGAGAAGGUGGCGCUGGAGCACGAGGACAGAGAGGACCUGGUGCCCUUCACCGGGGAGAAGAAAGGAAAAGCCUUUAUUCCAAAGGCAAACGCAGGGCAGAUUCCUGAACAUGAGCAGAUCACCCUGGAGCCGGAGCUGGAGGAGGCCCUGAAGAACGCCACAGAUGCUGAGAUGUGCGACAUCGCAGCUAUUCUUGGGAUGUACACCCUGAUGAGCAACAAGCAGUACUAUGAUGCCCUGGGCACCACUGGCACAAUUGCCAACACAGAGGGCAUCAACAGUGUAGUUAAGGGGGAUUCGUUCAAGGUCUUCCCAGAGGAGCCUCCCAACCCCACCAACGUGGAGGAGACCCUGGAGAGGAUCCACAGUAAUGACAGCAGCCUCACGGAGGUCAACCUCAACAACAUCAAGGACAUUCCCAUCCCAGUGCUGAAGGAGGUCUUCGAGGCGAUGAAGGGCAACUCUCACGUGGACUGUCUCAGCAUUGCUGCGACGCGUAGCAACGACCCUGUGGCCUAUGCGUGUGCUGAGAUGCUACAGGAGAACACCAGUCUGCAGAGUCUUAACAUCGAGUCUAACUUCAUCACUGCAGAGGGAAUGAUGGCCAUCAUCAAAGCCAUGGCCAGCAACGCCACGCUGGUGGAGCUGAAGAUUGACAACCAGCGGCAGAAGCUGGGAGACUCGGUCGAGAUGGAGAUCGCCAACAUGCUUGAGAACAACUCAAGCAUCCUAAAGUUUGGCUACCACUUCACCCAGCAGGGUCCCCGUGCGAGGGCCGCCAUGGCCAUCACCAGAAACAACGAUAUGAUUCGCCAACAGAGAUUAAGAUGAGAGGAAGUGAGAACCAAGAGGACGUUCUCUCCCAGGCUCAUCAAAUCAGUCCCACCCCCAUUGGAGGCUACAUAUGCAAAGACUGCCAUUGACUGCCUCGUUCUAAAUUUGUCAGUGAGGUGUAACACAUUUCAUACUUACCCCCAUCCCCAUGAAUCAUUACAAGGCUGGUUAACCUCACAUCGUGGAAAUCACGUAAUAUCUAUGUCAAUGCAUAUCAUUUCAUAAACCGCAGCCGGCUUUUUGUAGAUUGUUAAAUCCAUCAUAAAGGCAUGUAUAGGUCACAAGCAAAA